CCUCCAUCUGCACAGCUGGGGCCAGAGGGAGGAGAUGCCAUGAUCCCCACCCUCACAGUGCUGCUCUAUCUUGGGCUGACUGUGGACCUGAUGACCCCAGUGCAGGCAGGAACCCUCCCCAGACCCACCAUAUGGGCUGAGCCAGGCUCUGUGAUCUCCUGGGGUAAGCCUGUGACUAUCUGGUGUCAGGGUACACUGGACGCCCAGGAGUACCAUCUAGAUAAAGCGGGAAGCCCAUCACCCUGGAGAAGACAGAACUCAUGGGAGCCCAGGAACAAGGCCAAUUUCUCUGUUCCACAGAUGACGGAUCUUUAUGCAGGACAGUAUCACUGUUACUUUAUCAGCCCCACUGGCUGGUCAGAGAACAGUGACCCCCUGAAGCUUGUGGUGACAGGGGUCUUCAGCAAACCCGCCCUGUCAGCCCUGCCAAGUCCUGUGGUGACACCAGGAGAGAAUGUGACCCUCCAGUGUGUCUCAUGGCUUGGAUUUGACAGGUUCAUUCUGACUAAGGAAGGAGAAUCGCAGCCCUCCUGGACCCUGGACUCUCAGCGACACCCCAGUGGGCAGCCCCAAGCCCUUUUCCCUGUGGGCCCCGUGACCCCCAACUACAGGUGGACCUUCAGAUGCUAUGGAUAUAACAGGAAGUACCCCGAGGUGUGGUCAGUCCCCAGUGACCCCCUGGAGCUUCUGUUCUCAGGAGCGGAUGACACCAUCAGCCCAUCACAAAACAAUUCAGACUCCAACAGUGCCUCAAACUCCAAAGGUUACACAGUGGAGAAUCUCAUUCGGAUGGGUGUGGCUGGCUUGAUCCUGGUAGCCCUUGGGAUUCUGCUAUUUCAGGAUCAGCACAGCCUGAGAAGACCCCAAGAUUCACCCUGGAGGUAA